UGUAAUGCUGAUCAUACUCAAAAAUGAUCAUCUCUACUCAUGGAUGUUCAAUCAGAAAAACCGAAUUAUUUCUGUUAUGGAAAAUUCUGUCACGAACAUUCUUUCAAGAGAUCCUGUCUUUUUCUUUUCCUUUUCAUUUUCUUUAUACUUGUACUUGUAGGAAUAGCUACAUUGAUCAUUGUCUUUGUCAUAAAGCCUAAAAGCCCGGUUUUUAGCCUCCAAUCAGUGAGGCUUGAUUUAUAUGAGCUCAAUCCUUAUUUGGGCUCAACUCUUUUCAUUUCAUCUGUCAUUACUUUGACUCUGAAUGCUCAAAAUCCUAACAAAGUUGGGAUUAGAUAUAGCCCUUCUCAGCUUCAUGUCUAUCACGAAGGACUGCCUAUUGGAUCAAUUCGAGUUCCGGGGUUUCUACAACCUGCUUGCAGCUAUAACAUGACUGUGCCAACGAGGGUUUUGUUUCAGUCUGUGAACGUCAGCCAUAUCCUUGCUGUGGCCUCAAUGCAAGAGAAUUCUAAGAAAAACAUGAUUCAGAUGAAAAUAAUGGGUGAUGUUAAGACUCACUUGUUGGCAUUUCAUAUAACCCUGUUAAAGAUUAAGGUUGCCUUGGAAUGUGACAUAGACGUUGAUGUUAAACAGCUUUCGAUCCAAACUGAAGUUUCAAGAAUAAAAAGAGUGAAUGAUCACAUGGCAUCCUUAUUUCCUACCAGUGCUCAGACCAUCUUCAGAAAGUGCGCAUUAGCUUUUUACAUCUAAGGUGGCCAUUUCACGUCAACUGAACUGUAUCGUUACAUUCACAAACGUUUAGUGCUUGUCACAAUCAAUCAUUUAAUUUAUGCAUAUCGGCUACAUAUAAAAAAGUAUGGUUUAAAUGAUUAUUAGGAGUUUAUAAAGUAGGUCAUUUUUCUGUUUCUAAGUGGAGAACGUUCAUGCAUUUGAUUCAUCUAUGUUUCACAUACAGAUUUAUAUACGCUCUUCAUUUUUGACUUUUUAUGUAAUGGUAAGUGCCUCCGCCAUUCAUGGCCUGUUGUAUAUUUUCAUUACCUGUAUUCAUUUCACAACAUAACAUACCACAAUCAACAGAGGAAUCAAUCUAUUGCAUGAAACAACACGAAAAUAGAUGAAGAGAACAUCAAUGACAACUGCAAUAUAUAAUUGGUGGCAGAUUGGUUUUAAUGAAUUCUAUGAUCUUUACAUGCUUUGGAGUAGCUUAAGAGACUCUUGUACAAGUCUCGGGUUGUGGUGACAGAAUUGGAAUUUAUGUAAUAAGAAUAUUUAUAAGUAGGAACAUAAUAUUAUUGGUACAAAAUUCAAAAACUUGCUUCCUAAAAUGCGAUCCAAGUAACCAUAUGUCUCAAAUGUUGGCAAUGGUAUUGGGAAUUUCCAAUUAGUGGAAAAGUAGAGGCAACAACAAGUGCUUAGCUUUUUAGGUAGGUGUCUAGUCUCCAGGCUAUGUUUGAUUUGUAUUGCUACAGUUUUGAUCAACAUUUUCUCGAGGGCACUAAAUAAAAUACCAAGCUUGAUGUCGUUUGACACAAACU